AUGUUAAACACGCCUAUCAUACAAUGUGUCGCGAUUGUGCUGAAAAGGAUAAAUUAUGUCCCAAAAAAAUUAUUAAAAUUACCAAAUGUGGAAGAUGCAAUUAAAAGUCUAUCGGAAAGGAAAAGGAGAACUUUUUAUAGAAAAAUUAAUAAUUCACCUGAAGAUUAUAAUACAGAAGAAUUAAUUCUUGAAAAAUUAAAUAAAUUGAGUUUGGAUAAAAAGGAAAGUGAUGAUUUUGAUUUUGACGAUUUAGAUUUAGAUGAUGACGACUCUGAUUUUAAUGAUUAA